CUUCUCACUUAGAUCUCUCAGGGCUUCGAUGAUGUAAGGAUCUAUAUAGGCUACAACCAUGGACGGUCAAGCGUGCCUUCCUUCGUUACCUGGGCAUGCAUCCGUUCUCCCGGAGCUUGAGGGAAAUGCGGGCUUCCAACAACUGGAUGAAAAUGAGGAAUUUCUACUCCUGAGUGUGGCUGAAAUCACUGAUGAACCAGUUUCCCCAACUUUGAAAACAGUCAUGAAUAAAGGCAAUGAAUCCGGCUUCACAGAGCGUCCUAAAUACUCGACAACUCCGUUGGUUAUGGAGAGGCCUAAAAGCUCUGGGAUCAACGUGGCUGACUUUUCUUUUACGAAGCCUCUACGACAUGGGAAGAAUAUCUCCUUUCUCGCUUCAGCUAAACAAACCUCUGCAAAACAAACUUCGCAAAAUAGCACUCCCACUGACAACCUGUAUGAGAAUGUGGCAUCCCCUAAUACUGAGCAAGAUAUGAAUAACACAGGGUAA